AUGGCCCACCAGCAAGGAGGCAACGGACGGGCCUUUCCAACCCGAGUGACAAGAAUAUUUGCGUUUGACACAGACCCCUCCGGUAGCAGCGUGGGGGCUGUACUGGAGCGCAGAGACUGCCGGCAGGAAGCAGGGGCAGGUUACCAGACCGGCUCCGUGGAAAAGCGGAGACAGGAAGGGCAUUUGGUCAAGGGCAUGGCUGUGAAUUUGGUGUUAACAGCUCCCACAAAGCAGGGUGGUGAGAAGGAGGGCCAUUCUGCCAUCAACGAGGCAGUGACCAGAAAACACACCAUCAACUUUCACAAGGGCAUCCAUGCAGUGGGUUUCAGGAAGAGUGCCCCUCAGGCCCUCAAAAAGAUCCAGAAAUUUGCCAUGAAGGAGAUGGGAACUCCAGAACUCCCAGAUGUGUGCACGGACAUCAGGCUCAACGAAGCUGUCUGGGCCAAAGGCACAAGGAAAGGCCCAUGCCGAAACCUUGCAGGAUGGUCCAGAAAGUGUAAUAAACAUGAAGGGUCACCAAACAAGCUAUGCACAUUCUCUACCUACGUACCUAUCGCCGCUUUCCAAAAUGUACAGUUAAUGUGGGUGAGAACCAACCAGACUGUCAAAUAA